AUGACCACCCUCCCACCGCUGGACACUACCCCGCAGCGGCAGCCGCUCUCCCCGCCGCUCUCCUCGCCGCUCCUCACCCCGUCGGCCGUCCUCCCCGUCCUCCUCCCGCAUGCUCGCACCCAGCUCGCUGACGAGGCCGACGAACACGCAGCGUCCGCUGGCCAGGGCCCACUCCCGGUCCCGCCCUCCCAUCCGGGGCCCUCGCACCCGCCGCUCCCGGCUCACCGCCGCAGGUUCAAAGCCUCGCGCAACAUGGCUGUCAUCACUGCUCUUGUCGAGCGCGAGGCUGCCCGCGAACGCGCCAGCUGGCCGUCCAAGCCAGCCGGACCGGGCCACUCGGGCGUGACCGCCGCCCCCGCCCCGCCUCCUGCGCUCCCGCCCCCAAAGUCGCGCAUUCCGGAAGAGUUCCACCUCUACUCGCCGGUCGAGGACGAGAUCAACGCUCUUGGUACCUCCAUUCUGGCCUUCCCCACUUCAGCGCCGUCGUCGCGGGCUGAAGUCCUCCACCUCACCUCGGUCCUGGACGCUAUGCUCGACCGGCUCCCAAACACAGCAGCAGCCGACCGCCCUCCCUCGGAAGUGUACGCCGAGAUGGAGGUGUGGGACAUUGUCUUCUCCGAAAUCGUCCGCCAGGUCCACGUCCACUGCGCCGAACGCGGCGUCCUCCUCGAGCGCGUUCGCAACCGCUACGUCUCUCUCUUCACAGGCACCUCGUCGCUCCACGCCGCCCUCGAGACCGAGGUCGCCGACCUCCGCAACCGCAAUGUUGCCCUCGCCGCCGCUCACGCUGCGCUCGUCUCUGGAGAGGCCGCCCGCGACGCCGCCCGUGCAGCAAAGUACGCCGCUCUCGAAGAGGCCAAAGAGGCCGAGCUCAUGCGCACCGAGCUGGCCCUGGCUACUGAGCGCGAGGCCGCUCUCGCGCUUCGCGCCCGGGUCGAAGCCGCUGAAACCUCCCUCGUCCGCAUCACUACCACAGAGCCUCCCGAGCUCCGCGCCCUCCGCGCCCAGCUCGCCACGCUCGAGGCCGAGCGCGAUGCAAACUUCGACGCGGUUCAGGCCGCCCGUGAAGCUCUCAACAAGCUCAAAGACGAGCUCGCAGAUGCCACCGCCCAGCUCGCCGCUGCCGCCGCCGUCAGAGACUCGGCCACCUCCGUGUCUGUCCAGACAGAGGCCGGCUACGUCGACUUUCGCACCCAGCUGCUCUCCGAAGACGACGCCGAAGAGCUCCGCUCUCACAUCGCCCGCCUCGUCGCGGACAAAGAAGAGUUUGCCCGUCAGCGCAUCCUUUGCGAGAAGGCCGCAGCUUCCGCCGACCCCUCGCGCGCCGGCACGCCCGCCGCAGUUCUCAACGAGGAGCUCGCCGCCCGUGUCGAGGCCAUCAACGAGUCCAAAGCGUUCUACCGGCGCACCUUUGACUCGCUCGAGGUCCUCGGUGAGUUUGCCGCACGCGCACGCGCGCGCACCGUCGAGAUGGACAAGCCCAUGGGCGCCCAGGUUGUUCUUCCGCCCGUCGACGACGUCGAUCACGACGCCAUCUUGGUCAAGGGCCUCGUCCAGAACGACGACAACUGGCUGCAGCUCUUCGAGCUCGCCCGCUUUGAAGACGUCGACAACAUGGAUGAGUACAUUGUCCAGAAACUGCGCGCCGUCGCCCGCAGGGUCCGCGAAGCCGUCGCCUACGGCGACGGUGAGUCGCCCGAAGACGCCGCCGCCGCCGACAUCCUCGGCCCGGAAGGCCCCACGCUCCCUCGGACAGAGUCACUCAAGGACCGCUACCUCUCGCGCCACGCCUCACUCCCACAAGUCGAGACCUCCACUUCCGUGGCUGUCCAGACCCCGCCCGAGAUGCUUAUGUCGGGCAUGGGCGCCAUCCUUGCCGCCUCAUCGUCGACAGCUUCGCUCCACCCAGCUGCCUCGUCGGGCAUGCUGACCACAUCCGUCUCCACCGCUGUCCAGUGUUCGCUCAUCGCCGCCGAGGACGUCGCCUUUGACAGCGACCACCACGCCCCGCCCCCGCGUCUCCGCAGAGACUUUUCCUUUGCCACCCGCCAGCCGUCAGGCCUCGAACUUGUGCGUGACGCCGCCACCUCUUCGUCGAACACCCACCUCGCCGCAUCGUCGUCGCGCGAUCUGCCCCGCUUCGCCCGAUCCGCCCCAGCCUCGCCCGCCCCUCCGCCGCAGCUCCAACGUGCUGCCUCGGGCGACACCACCAUUCACUCGUGGCACGACGACGACGACGACCAGCUGCCGGCCAAGAUGACCCAGGCCACCGACGAGCUCGUCGCCACUCUGACGUCCUCAAUCAUUCCCAGCCUCGCCCAGCUGGCCGAGUCCAAGCCUCCACCACAGCCCGCGACAGCUGCCACGCCUCUAUCACCUGAGACAUUGCCCGAGACAUCGCCCGAGACAUCGCCGGCAUCGGGCAAUGACUCGACACCGCCGUCAAGCCGCAUGCAGCUUGCGGAAGACCCAGACGCAUACGCCGCAGCUGCCGAGUCGGUCGUCUCAUCGGCCCAUGCACUACUGACUUCGACGGCGGCCACCGACGUCCGCCAGCUCGGUGACGCCCAGGUUCAUGCCCUCCGUGCCAAGGUUGCCAAGGUCUCGUCGCUCGCAGUCCGCGUCCAGCAGUCGGUCUCCGGCGCAGACGCAGUCGGUCUUCGCCCCUCGGCCUCACUUGCUGUUCCUUCGACCACCCGCCGAGCGUCAAUGGUCGAACCCGGCUCGCCCACUCACCCCGCGCUCGAUCCGCAGCCGCGGCGGUCAAAGUCGCGGACGAGGCUCCGCCGCUCCCGCGGUAGCUCGGACACCAAGGCCUCUUCAAGCGGCUCGCGCAAGUCGCCGGCCCAGCAGCGGCUCGACGCUCGCAUGGCGCGGUAUGACAUUGAGACCGCCGACGUAGCCGUCCUCGCCAAGCCAGCCACCCGUCAGCGCGAGACCCAGACCCGCCGCCUCUCCACAUCAUCGGCAUUGGCGUCGGACAGCGACGCGUCGCUGGCUAGCGACGGCCGCGACUCGACCACGCCGUCCACUGCCAAGUCGGCCGGUAGGAGCCGGACCGUCAACAAGAAGCGGAUGCUCGGUCUCGCACGCGACAUGGCAACCCAGACGCCGUCUGGCGGCGGCAAGCCCGACAGUGUCUCAGUCUCGGUCCAGUGCCACAUCGAGUCUUGGCUCGAGGAAAAGCAGAUGAUUGCCGACGACAAGGCCAAGGCAGCGGCCAAGGCUACGGCCGCUGAAGCAGCAACAGCAGCCGCUGUCGGCUCGCCGACGAGCUCGCCCCGCCGUGGCUCGAUCCGCGGCGGGAAUCGCCGCCGCAGAGGCUCGGGUGCCAGCGUCGCCCGCCGCAAGCCCCGGUCCGGGCCAGACGCCGACUCGGCCGCCCGCCGCGCCACCGUCGACGUCGGCGUCCAGUGGGAGCACCCCAACCCGGACGAGGAGGUCAACGAAAAGUCGUUUAAGACCCGGGUCACAGAGUACCUUGCCGACCACCAGAUCAGCAAGGCGGUCCGUCUUGCCGGUGAAGCCGACGACGACGACGACGAUGACGACGACGACGACGCCCUCGCCGCUCAGCUCGAGUCGCUCAAUCCGCUCUCAGUGCUCGCCGAGACCGAAGCCGUCGAGAUGGACACGUCCGUGGAGGAUUCGUCCGCCUCAAGCCAGCCCCUGUCCACUGCCGCCGCUGCGCAUCCGCCGCAAUCGCCGCGCGGUGACGCCGGCGAUCAGGGCACCCCGUCAAGCCGACGCAAGCGACGCCGUCGCAGGUCACCCAAUCCCGAAGCCGCCACAGAAUCGCCGGCCGCCGACAGCGAGACUGCCGCCUCGCCGCAGACCCCGCGCGAGCAGCCACGCCAUUCCCGUCGCAAGUCUGGCGCCUCCCCGUGGGCGCGGGUUGCGAGCCGGCUAUCGCCGCUCAAGUCCAAGACGGCGCGCAAGCGGCUGCGGCGGUUCCGAGCCCGCAACCGGAUGCUUGUGGAGAUUUUCGCGCAGAACCUCAACCAGACGCCCAAACAUCUGCACUGGCUCCUGCGAAUUGUGCGCAAGGUGUACGCCGACAAGGCUGUUGCGGACGCGCUGCUGGACAAGGCGUCGCUGCCGCACGCCACGCUGCCCGAGUUUGUGUACCGGUUCCUCAAGUCCAAGUACGGAACGUCGACGCUGGUCUCGCGCAAUCUGGGCGCAGUCAUUGUCACGGCGCAGCACUUUCGCAAGGGUAACCUCGAGAUCGACACCUUUGCUAAGUUUAUGGAAGAGGUGUGGUCGGUCAAGGCGCUGGACAAGUACCUGGAGGCGCGGCAGCUCGCCGUGGAGCUCCAGGUCGGCAUCGCCUACUUUCGCCCCUCGCAGCGGACGUCCGGUAAGCAGUAUGUGUGUCUGCUGCGGGCACGCGCAGUCGCUGAGCGGGUUCUGGGUGAGCGGUCAGCUGCGGCGGCUGCCCCAUUCUGGGCGCGGGUCGAGGCGCGGGCGCGGGAGGCCACCGAGGAUGACAUUGCCGUCACGCGGUCUUCUACCUGGCUCGCGCACAACCGCGGCAUCCCGGCGAGCUACGUCUUUCGCAAGGUCCGGCUCCACGAGUUCCUCUUUAUGCUUGUGGAGGAGUUUAUUCUCCUUGUCUCGGCCUUUCGCAAGCGGGUGCCGGAAGCCUUCCACGCCUUUGCCAACGUUCACUCGGCUGCCAACGCGCUGCCGGGCACCGUGUCGCGGGCGCAGUUUGGGGCAGUGCUCGACGAGCUCGGAGUGCGUGCAGCAGUGACUGCGGCUCCCGGGGGCUCGAGUCGGCUUGGGCUGAUGCGCUGCUGCACUCUGACACGGCACGACAGAGCCUGGUUGACGUCAAGGGCUUCCGCGCCAUGUGCCACGGCCUGGCUGACGUCCAGGCUGCAUGGUGCUACUCGUUUGUUCCGGUCUACCGCAACGUCCACGCCGAGCUGGUCACCAAAAAGGCGCAAAGCCAGCUGCUCAAGGUCGUCCACAAGCACUGGCGGUUCUUCAACGUGCUGUUUGAGGAGUACUGUCCGCAGCUCAAGUUCCACGCCCGGACCCGGCAAGGGUACUCGACGCUUCAGGAGCUGCGCUCGCUGCUGGCGACGGCUCUUGAGUCGGGCGAGAUUGAGGGCGCGCGGGCCGCAAUCCUGUAUCGCAAGCUGCUCUACGUCUCGAUGGCGCAGCUUGUCGACUUGCACCAGUCGCUGACGGCGUCGAUGGAGGACGCCGCGCGAGUUGACAUCGAGCUCGACUUUAUGGAAAACGUGGUACUCGAUCUAGUCAAGCGGCAUCAGGCCAUGUCGUGGCGCGGCACAACCGCAGCCGAGACGGCGCUCCGCUCGCCGCUGGUCCGCGGCGAGACCGAGGCUAUCCUUCACUUUGCAUCCAGCUCCGAGGCGGCAACGCCAGCCAAGCCAGCCGCCGGGGCGCUGCAAGCUGAGCUCGCGCGUCGGCAGGCAGCCCGCGCCGCCGCCACCGGUGACUCGCCGGCUUCGGUCGAAGCGUCGCUGUCGAGGAGCGAUGUGCUGUCGUGUGACGACUCGGGCCUGCUCAACGUCUCUUCGGCAUCAGUCCUCGCCUCGGACGCGCUGCGUAUCAUGUCGCCGUCAGCCGGCGAUCUCUCCGGCUAUGUUUAGCUCGCUAGCCGGACCACAGCAGCUGGCUGGGCAAAAAUGCCACAGUUGACAUUGGCGCGAAAGUACUGCUUGCCAUCAACAACGCCAUGGUGCCGGCCGCGCGGCUCAUCGAGCGCCAGGCCAACCCAGACGCCGUCAGCAAACAGCGGGCGGCCGACAUACCUCACCGUCGCCUUGUUGCCCUUGUAAACCACUCGAUCUCCGA